GGCGGCUCCGGGAAGGCACCGUGCCUGCUCCAGCCCCCGGGCCAGCAGCCGGUGCCGGGCUGGAGGCCGUUCAGCCCCUCACAGGCGUCCUGCAAGCUGCCCCGUGGCGACCUGAGGGAGACCGAUGCUGGCAGCUGCGCCGAAGCCGUUGGGGAGGAGGAGGAGGAGCAGGAGGAUGAGGAUGACGAUGAAGAUGAAGGCGUGGAGUUCGGGACGCUGUCUAAUAAAUUUUCUUCUAGGAAAUAUUAUCACAAAACCACAGCAAGCUUCCAGAAUUUAAAGCUUCAAGAAGAGGGAGAGGAAGAACCAGAAAGCAAACCUCGACGUGGCCCUAAGAACACCCCGUACUGGUACUUCUUAAAAUGCAAGGCCCUCAUCAAAGAAGACAAGCUGGCAGAGGCUCUGGAGCUGUUUGAGGUGCAGAUGCUGAAGGUUUUUUUGCAGCCGGAAGAAAGCAAUUACACUGUUCUAAUUGGCGGCUGCGGCAGGGUUGGCUACGUGAAAAAGGCAUUCCGGCUCUACAAUGAUAUGAAAAAACGAGGCUUAACUCCCACCGAGGCCACUUACACAGCCCUGUUCAAUGCUUGUGCCGAAUCGCCGUGGAAAGACUCGGGCCUGCAGAGCGCUCUCAAAUUACGGCAGCAGCUAAAGAGCAAAAACGAAGAGCUGAACCUGAUCACUUACCACGCGCUGCUGAAGGUCUGCGCCUUGUGCUCAGACCUCCGGAUGUGCUUUGAUGUACUGAAGGAAAUUGUGCAUAAGGGCCACGUUCUCACAGCCGAGACCUUCAGCUUCCUUCUCAUGAGCUGCAUAAAGGACAGCGAAAAUGGUUUCCGAUACGCCUUACAGGUUUGGAAACAAAUGACUGAGCUUGGAAUAAAGGCCAAUAGCCACACUUACAAUUUGAUGCUGCGUGCUGCGAGAGACUGUGGAAUAGGCAAUCCAGUUGUGGCUUCUGAACUCCUGCUCCAACCCGCCCAUGAGAACUCAUCUCAGCUAAGGCUUGCACCCGGCAGGCAGAAGGAAAAGGUGAAAAAUCAGAAGAAGAAGGGAUCGGAGAGUGCAGCUGCUGUCCAGCUGGAUGUGGAAGCUAUGGAAAAGCAAUUAUUUUGGGAGAGUUCAGUGCAGCCUGAAGAACUGAUCCAGCAACAAAAUAAAGAUGUGAAUCAGGCUGAAACAGAACCAGCUGCUCUCAAGAGCCCCAGCGUAGCUCAUGGCAGGACAGGAGCGUUGAUGAGGAGAGGCCAGAACAAGAUGGAGCAGGAACAAGCAUGCCUAAGCCAGAAGCAGCGUUUCUGCAACCUGCCCAACUUGCUGGAUUCCAGGAUGCCUGAUGCAGCCGUGGUUUCCUUGGGGACAGCGGCCACACCGUCCGAUAGACUGGCUUUGAUGGGGGACGUGGAAGGAUUCUUGAGUAAAAUGAAAGAGGACAAUGCAAAACCCAACAUUAAAACCUUUACAUUACUGGCUGAGCUUGUGGAACCCCAAAGCCCCUCAGAGUCCUCUUUGCUGGCACUCCUAGAUGAGCAUAAAGUGAAAGUAGAUGUGACCUUCUUUAACACUUUAAUAAGGAAGAAAAGUAAACAGGGAGACCUGGAAGGAGCAAAGAGCGUGCUGCCAGCUCUAGUGAAGAGGGGACUAUCGCCUAACCUCCAGACAUUUUGUAACUUGGCAAUUGCCUGCCACCGAGAGAAGGAUGGACUACAGUUACUCUCAGAUUUGAAGAAGUCUGGAGUAACUCCCAACAAGUAUAUCUACAGCACCCUCAUUGCUGCCGCUGUGAGGCACCUGGAUUACAGUUACCUCACAGAGAUCCUGCGAGACAUGAGGAAUAACCAGGUACCUCCGAAUGAAGUUAUCAUACGCCAGCUGGAGUUCGCAGCACAGUACCCUCCCAAAUUUGACAGGUAUAAAUCAAAGAACCCAUACCUGGAGAAAAUUGAUGGUUUCCGCGGCUACUAUUAUCGGUGGUUAAAGGUAAUGGCAGGAGAGGAGACCCCUCACCCCUGGGAAAAAUACAGAACAGCGAAACGUGGGGUGGAUGACAAUAAAGGAGAGGCUGCACAGGAGCAGCCAGCGCAGAAGUAG